GAGGGGCGGGGGCUGAGGCCUGGGACCCGGGAUCCCGAGCGGCCGAACGUCGACUUGACCCCGGAAGUAAGCUGAAGGACCGUGGCGGGUGGCAAGCUGCAGGCUGCUGCGGAGUCUCAGAUAGCAGCAGACAGCUAUGUUUCACUUCUUCCGAAAGCCUGCAGAAUCCAAAAAGCCCUCUGUGCCAGAACCGGAAGCAGAUGGAUUUGUCCUCUUAGGAGAUACAGCAAAUGAAAUGAGAUGUAAAACUUCUGCAGCAGAAGGUAGCCAGUCUUUGGAGACCAGCAAAGAAGGCACAUCCAGUGAGACUGUAUCAGGCCCCAAGACAGGAAAGGAGGCAGGCCAGACUCUGGAGAACAACUCGCUGACAGCAGAUCUCCUGAGCGAUGUGCCCUUCACCUUGGCUCCGCACGUGCUGGCAGCUCAGGGCACCAGCAGCGACCUUCCUGAGCACUUACUGUCGUACGAUGCUGGCGACAACUUGUCCCGAUUCUGGUAUGAUUUCACUCUUGAAAAUUCAGUCCUCUGUGAUUUGUAGCCUUUGUGUCUGUGCAUACUCUAGCAGCUCUAAAGGAAAUGAGUCUCCCUAUUUUAUUGAACCUGUUUGAUGUCCUUUGUCAUUUAUUUCACUGGUGACGGCCUUGAGGCAAGCAAGAAUCAUAAAAUAAAUAAAAUAGCAUCAUGUUCAUGCUUUUA